AUGAUUGGACAAGAUAAUAAUGUCCCCAAUCCAUUGACAGGUGGAAAUCAAACUCUGAAGGAGGAGGUUGUUGUUGAAAAGGUGGCGACGACACCUGUGUUGCCAUCACAGACUGCUGAUGUUAGGAGGAUGAAGUUCUCAACUGAUAUGUGGGACGGAUUUGAUGUAUUAUGUAAGAGGACAGAGGCUGGUAUCGAUCAAUGUAAAGAACUAUUGGACUUUUUCAAGAAGAGAGCUGCCAUGGAGGACAAGUACUCAAAGUUCGUCGUGGAGCAGUUCUCAAAGUUUAAGUUAAAGGAUGAGACAGAUUCAUUCCAGAAGGGCUUCAGCUGCCUGUCUGUACUUAGUGAGGCAGAGUCCAACAUUCACAAGUCAUUCUCUACCAACUUGAGCAACAAUCUAAUCCAUCCAUUCAAUGCUUUGGUCAAGGAGAUGGAGACCAGAAGGAAGAAUCUUGUUAACGAGGGACAGAGACUUAGGAAUGACUUUAAGGACUCUUUGGAGGCAGUACGCAAGGCAAGCCAAAAGUAUGAGAAGUUGUGCAAGGAGAAUGAAGCCGCAAAGAUUGAGUUGAUCACAAUGCUAGAGAAAGAGACUGAUGUGGAAGGACCUUCAGUAAAGGUACAAGCCAUCGAGAAAAAGGUGGCCAAAUGCGAAGCCAACUGCAUCACUGCCGAAGAGGAAUACAAGAUCCAGAUCAAAGAGACCAACGACUUUAUCCAAGGUUACUACCAAUCAAAGAUGACUGACAACUUGAAUGAAUUUGAACAGUUCGAAUUGAUGAGGAUGCAGUUCAUCAAGAGUAACAUCAAGAAUUACAUGGCAUUGAUGUUGGAGUUGCCACCAGCACUUGAUGGUGAGCUGACAAGUCGUGGAAAGCAGACGGAUAUCAUUGAUCCAGAGGAGGACCUCCAGAGCUAUAUCAAGAACCAUGCCUCUGUCAAGAAGAUUCCACCUCCAUUCCAAUUCGAACCCUUUGUCGAGGGCAAGUUGAUAUCAUUGAGCAGCAGCACCAGUGGCACGGGCUCGGUGCCAAUGUCCACGUCACCACCCGCAGCCAAGUCUUCUGGCGGCUUCAAUCUCUUUGGAUUCUUUGGCAAGAGUAGCAGCAGCUCAGUGCCACCACCCAAGCAGCAGGAGCUCCAAUCACUAAAGAGUCGCAUAUUUGGUGCAGACUUGGAGGAGCUCAUGGACCAACAAAAGGCUGACAAUCCUCAGCUCGAGGUACCAUUGAUUUUGGUCGACUUUGUACAGACACUACUCAAGCUCAAUGCGUUCGAGACAGAGAACAUCUUUAGAAUGUCGCCAUCUCAUGCCCAGACCCUUGUGGAGAAGCAAAAGUUGGACGAAGGUGGCAGUCUGGACCACCUCACCGACGUCCACAUGGUUGCCUCCCUUCUCAAGCAGUGGCUAAAGGACCUUCCCAACCCUCUAAUAUCAUUCGGUAUCUAUGAUGAGAUCAUCACAACACCUCACAACUCGACAUCGAUCAUUGAGAAUGGUAUUCCAUUGCUCAAUCAGAGAGUGUUGAAGUAUUUGAUUGACUUCUUGGCCGAGUUCCUUGAGCCAGAGUUUGCAGAGUCUUCAAAGAUGGAUGUACAGAGUCUGGCCGUGGUCCUGACGCCAACACUCAUUCGCACCAACAUUGAUCUCGACCCACAAGAGGCGCUGGAGAACUCCAAGAAGGAGGUGGUCGUUGUCAAAUGUCUGAUAAUGGAUGCACUCAACAAGAAGAAGGAGAAAGAGUUGAUGCAGGCUGAGAAGGCGCGUAGCCGUAGCUCAUCCGUCAACAAAGAUAACAACACCAAUCAAUCAUCAUCCGAGAAUAUAAGUCGCGGCGACAACAACAACAACAAUGACAACGAUAAUGACGAUGGCGACAUUACACAGGUACCUGAGCGUAGUCUAAGCAACCAGUCAUUUGGCACUAGUGAGUUCUCUGUCAACAAGUCAGACUCGGACACCGUACUGGUAGACUCUGAAUCAACUGAUGACUUUAUCCAAGUGACCAACGACUCUUUGCAACAUGUUAGCAGCAACGAUGAGCACUCACUUCACUCCAGUGGCGAGGAUCAUUCAUGA